AUGUCAUCUCUCUUCUCUCGCGUCUGGUCGUCCUCCUCGAAAGAUGACCAUGACAAUGACCACUCGGGAGCCUUGAGCUCGAGCGCACAUCAUGCCUCUAAUCGUCUGUAUUGGAGUAACAGUAGUACGCUGCACCUAAAUACUGCUAUGGUCAGCGCACCGAUACAGAAGCCAUCACCGGUGUCCCUCACCGGUUUUGACGACCACUGGCAGCCUCGAAAGAACCAUCCCUCCACCGUUGCUUGGUUGAGUACAACAGACCUUAAUGGCAAACAGGUAGUCACCGAUCUCCCUAUUAUACCACCUCCAGCCGCACAGAAAUCCCGGCUAGGAGGCGCACACCUUCAUCCUAUUAGCCGGGCCGUAUCGUCUCCUGCUACAUCCCCGUCUUAUUCGUCCCCGUCCCCAUCCACCCUGUCCUCCUCCUCCUCCAAUACCAAAUUGGUUCCCCCGAGAUUACAGAUGAACCGAGCCUUGACUCGCAGCACUCAGUCUCUGCGGCUCGACUCCACUACGCACGAUAGAUUCGGCAAGAAGCAAUUGUCACCUAUCGCUGAGCAAGACUACUUCUCUCCCGACUCGCUGCGAAGGAGCAUUCCCCUGCCCUCCAUCUCCGCUGAACUAACACCGGUGACCCCAUCUACAAACCAGAGUCACAACACCAGCGGUUCGGACAUUACCCGCCCUUCGCCUGUGUACUCGAAUCCAUUCAUCCUGCGUCCCCUGAACAGGACCGGAUCUCAGUCAUCUUCUCGCACCCAUAUUUCCAAUUUAACAACGCAGUCCGAGACGCCGCCAAGCAUUCCCCCCUUGGACCUGCGUCCACCAUUUCCGGGACCUCACCCCAGUCAUGACGGAGACGGACCAGCGCUACGUCCGAAGAAGUCAUUGCCUUUCAUGCACAUGCCUACGAUUGGCAGCGAGGAGGAAGGACCGUCAGGGAGUGAGUAUGGUAACGAAAGUGAUAUGGCCUCGCUCCACGCGGACAGUUUCGUCACAGCUAGCGAUUCAUUACACGAGCGCAGCUCCGAUAGUUAUGGUGCGGGGCCCGUUCCCUUCGCGGAUCGUGACUCCAAACCGGAGCUCCCAAGUCCUACGGCACCGGGACAUAUCGUUUUUCCUCCCGCCGAAAGUGUCGACCGGCCUCGGUCGCGCUCUCCUCCAUCCGCUUCGGAAUCCUUCAUCGCCCGUCGGUGGGACCGCUUUGCCUCCUUAUACACCGGCCAAGUUUCAUUUGAAACCAAACCCAGCCGUCUGUCCCUCACACCCGCUUGUUGGGCGUUCUGGUUAGGCUUCAUCUGCCCCUUCCUCUGGCUCGUGGGUGGGUGGCAUUUUACUAAUUUUGGUGAGCAGCCCCCCAGGUUCACGUUUUGCGAAUUUUACUUCAACGUUGGGUAUUGGAAGGUCGUGUACUUUUGCCGAGGAAGGAGACGGGACAAGAAGGGCAAGGAGUGUGUGCUGCCGCAGUGGGAGGAGAAGUGCGAGCAGUCGAAUCAGGUGGCGAGGAUGAAUGAUGCGAGGAGGUCGACAAGAAGGGGGUUUCUGUUUGGGUAUCCGUUCGUUCCGAGGCCUGCGGUGCAGAGUGGACGACGGCAAGGUGUACUUCGCUGGUGUAGGGAUAUGGGGGUCAAGAUGUUUGCGAAGCCUAAUUGGUUCUUUGAUCACUUUUAUGGCACUAGGUUGAUUGAGGUCAAGGGGAGGAGAGAGACCGGACGGAGGAUGAUUGAUCCAUGGAUUCAGCGGUGCCGGUAUGCUUUUUGCUAUGCUGUGAUUUUAUUCUUCGCUGGAGUACUUGUUGGCGCUAUUUACCUCCUCGUCGUAAACACUAAGGUACUUCGGUAG